AUGAUGUACGAUUCUAUUCUUGCGAGAAGCUUUAGCAAGCAUGAGCAAAAGAGACUAGGAUAUGGAGCAAUUGUUUGCUGCUUGCUUGUAAUGUUGCUCUUUUGCACUUUCUUCAAGCCUAAUUUGGCUCCUCUACCAACUUUGAAUUUGCAGCUCUCAAUUGGCACUAUCGGUCUCAAAAUGCUAGCAGUAAAAGCAGCAAACAGCUCUCAGCAAACCACUAAAAGUGUGCAUGAGAAUAAUUGGCAAAAGUUGAUCUCAAUGGAUGGGCCAAAAAAUUUGAGUGAUCAUUUUCUAGAAGGAAAUUCUACUAAUUCGCGGCAUGAUCAUUAUGAUUUGGAGAUAAUGAUCAGCACAAAUAAUGGAUCCAGAAAUGAGAGCAAUAUUGACAUUCAAGAAGAGAAUAUUUCUAAUUAUAUUUCACAGCCUAGAAAUGUGAUUACUCCUCAAGUAGAAAAGUCUACUACUUCACAGAAUAAUGCAAAAACUGGUCAUCAGGAUUCUGAAACACUGAUCGAAGAGGUUGUGACAGAGAAAAUCCAGCCACCACCCUGCUACAAAGAGGAACCAAGAACAGAGUUCUGCGAGAUCAAAACACAAGUCAAGAUCGACGGAAAAUCCUCCUCAGUGUUUUUCAUUUCAUCGUCGCAAACCAAUCGGCACAUGUCAGCAGAAGGCAACAAUUCCUCGAGUACCGUAAGACCUUACGCCAGAAAGGAAGAUGAAGCCGCAAUGAGUCAAGUCAGAAAAUGGUCUGUCCUGCUAAAACCAGAAAAGGGUGGCCUAGAAACCCCGAGGUGCGCUCGGUAUCACAGCGUCCCAGCUGUCCUGUUUUCGACCGGAGGCUAUGUCGGAAACAACUUUCAUGAGUUCACUGACGUGGUUAUUCCUUUGUACAUAACUUCUAGACAGUACAACAGAGAAGUUCAGUUUCUUGUCACUGAUAAUAGGCCUUAUUUCAUCACAAAGUUCCGAAAGCUACUAAAAGGACUUUCCAAAUAUGAUGUCAUUGACAUUGACAAAGAAGAGCAAAUCCACUGCUUCCCGAGCGCAACAAUCGGUCUAAAACGACACCCAAAAGAGAUGAGCAUCGACCCGGUAAAGCAUUCCUACUCCAUGAGAGAUUUCAAAGAGUUUCUGAGAGAAUCAUAUUCGUUAAAGCGAGUAAACGCAAUCCGAAUCGGGGAUAAGGGACACAGGAAAAAGCCGCGACUUAUGAUCUUAUCAAGAAGAAGAACAAGAGCCUUCACAAACAUAGGAGAAAUCAGGAGAAUCGCAAGAAGCUUGGGGUACAAGGUACUCGUCGCGGAGGCUGAUUCAAACCUCGCGAGGAUUUCGGAGAUUGUAAAUUCUUGUGAUGUGUUGAUUGGAGUUCAUGGUGCUGGGCUUACCAACAUUGUUUUCCUUCCUGAAAAUGCUGUUUUCAUUCAAAUUCUUCCCGUGGGUGGGUUUGAAUGGCUUGCCAAUACCGACUUUGGAGAGCCUUCAAAAGAUAUGAAUCUCAAUUACUUGGAGUACAAGGUAAGCAAAGAAGAGAGCACAUUGAUAAACCAAUACCCACUUGAUCAUGCAGUUUUUACUGAUCCUUAUUCAAUUGGGAAGGACUGGAAUGCUUUUAAGUCAAUUUUUUUGGAGAAGCAAAAUGUUAAGCUUGAUGUCAAUAGGUUCAAACCCACUUUGGUAAAGGCUCUUCAGCUUUUGCAUCACUAGGUAAAAUGGUU